AUGGUCCAUCACCCCGCAGAGUCCGCUGAGGCCCUGCCGUCGCUAGCAGCGUCUUCCGACGUCAGCAGCACUGCGCCGGUUGAGAAAGAGAAGGAUCACACUGCAGCGGAUGACACGCUUUCCCGAAGACCAACUGAGACGCUCUCGCAGCGCAACACAAGUUCAAACAACGAGCCCAGAGCCGCACCGCCAAUUUCCAACCCGAACCGAGACUUGGAGAAACAGAACACAGCAGCCUCAAGCAUUCGGCGGAAGAGGACAAGGGGUGAGCAGUUUCCUGAUCCAGAGGACGAGAGCAAGCCCAAGGACCCAAAUCUCGUCGACUGGGACGGCCCUGAUGACCCUGGCAAUCCGCAAAACUGGCCAGCCGCGAAGAGAUGGGCUAUAACGUGUAUGCUUGGCUUGACAACCUUUGUCAUCACCUUCGCGAGUAGCGUCUUUAGCAGUGCCACUGAAGCUACUGCAAUGCAAUUCGGGGUGUCCAUGGAGGUGAUGACAUUGGGCACCAGCUUGUUUGUAUUGGGCUUUGCGUUUGGACCUAUAAUAUGGGGGCCACUCUCAGAACUUUACGGACGGAAAUACCCUCUCUACUUCGGCAUCUUCGUAUUCGCAAUCUUUCAGAUUCCUGUCGCAGUGGCCCAGAAUCUGCAGACUAUCUUCAUCUGUAGAUUCUUCGGGGGCUUGUUUGGUUCCGCACCGCUCGCCAUCAUCGGUGGUACACUCGCAGACAUGUUUCCACCGGUAGAACGGGGCAUAGCAAUCUGUAUAUUCGCAGGUGCAACCUUUAUCGGACCAGUAGCGGGACCUAUCGUUGGCGGCUUUGUAACCAUGAGCCACCUUGGCUGGCGAUGGACAGAGUAUAUUACGGCAAUCAUGGGUUUCUUCUUCGGAGCCCUAGGCUUCGUUCUUGUGCCAGAAACAUAUGCUGCCGUGAUUCUGCAGCAGAGAGCAAAGAAGAGGCGAUUCGAGACGAGAAACUGGGCCUUGCAUGCGAAACUCGAUGAAUCGCCUGUCAAUCCCAAGGAAAUCGUUCAGAAAUACCUUCUCAGACCAUUCGCAAUGUUAAUCAUGGAGCCCAUCUUGUUCCUUGUGACACUUUACAUGGCCUUUGUGUACGGUAUCCUAUACCUGCUGUUCAGCGCCUAUCCGAUUGCAUUCCAGGAACAACGCGGCUGGAAUCUUGGCGUUGGCGCGCUACCGUUUCUCAGUAUUACCGUCGGGGUUAUCAUUGGUAGUCUUAUCAUCACGUACAUCACCAAGACUCGAUUUGCGCGUAAGCUCGAAGAGAACAACGGACAGGUUGUACCCGAGGAGCGUCUCAUCCCAAUGAUGAUUGGCGGAGCGUUCUUUCCAGCCGGCCUUUUCUGGUUCGCCUGGACAUCUAAUCCAAACAUUCUCUGGGUGCCUCAAGUCAUGUCGGGUGCAUUAAUAGGGGCUGGUAUAUUGAUGAUCUUCAUGCAAGGUUUGAACUACAUCAUCGAUUGCUACGUCGUAAACGCCAACUCAGCCAUCGCUGCAAACACCUUCCUGCGCUCGUUUUUCGGUGCCGGCUUUCCAUUGUUUGCAACGGCAAUGUACCAUACCCUCGGCGUAGACUGGGCUACCAGUCUUCUCGGCUUCUUGGCUGUUGCGCUAUUCCCGGUACCUAUCUUAUUCUACGUGUACGGAGCGAGGAUUCGACAAACGUCUUCGUACAGUCCAACGUAA